AUGAUCGAGCUGGGCCUGGCGCGCAUCGCCCGCCUGCUGGCCCCCGCCGGCCCGCUGCCCUGGCGCGCCAUCCACGUCGCCGGCACCAACGGCAAAGGCUCCAUCUGCGCCGCCGCAUCCGCCAUGCUGCAAGCCCAAGGCGUGUCGCACGGCCGCUUCACCUCACCACACCUGGUCGAGCGAUGGGACUGCAUCAACAUCGACGCGCAGCCCGUGGCCGAAGCCCUGUUCCUCGACGCCGAGGCCCACGUCCUGCGCCGCAACGAGCGCGACCGCAUCGGCGCCACCGAGUUCGAGCUCCUAACCGCCACGGCGUUUGAGCUGUUCACGCGCGCCCGCGUCGCCGUCGCCGUCAUCGAGACGGGCCUCGGCGGCCGCCUGGACGCGACAAACGUCCUCGAGAGCCCCCUCGUCACCGUCAUUGCCAACAUCGGCCUCGACCACCAGGCCCUCCUCGGCGACUCGCUCGAGGCCAUCGCCGCCGAAAAGGCCGGCAUCCUCAAGCCCGGCUGCCCCGUCGUCCUCGACGCCGCAAACCCCCCGGAAGUGCUGCGCGUCGUGCGCGCCCGCGCCGCCCAAAUCCACGCCGGCCCCGUCGUCGAAGUCGCCGCUUUGCCCCCCGUCCCGGUCCCGGCCGACAACAACCACGACUAUUCCUACUACCGCAGCUUCCUCGCCGCCCGCCCCUACGCCCCCCACGAACUGCGCAACCUGGCCCUCGCCUACCGCGCGACCCUCCUCGCCCUAUCGGCACUCCCCCACCCCAUCGUCCCCAACCCCCCACUCUCCCUCUUCCGCAACCUCUCCCCCAGCAGCACCGUCCUCCCCGGCCGCCUCCAACCCAUCUGCCUCCAAGCCAUCGCGCCGCACCGCACCGCCCCCGCCCUCCUCGACGGCGCGCACAACGCCGACAGCGCCGCCGCGCUCGCCGCCCACGUAGACGCGCACCUCCGCCCCACCUCCCCCUCCGGAAGCGUGACAUGGCUGCUCGCGUCGUCGCGCCGCGGCGCGCUGCUCACCCCGCUCCUCGCCCCGCUGCUCCGCCCCGCUGACCGCGUCGUUGCCGUCCAGUUUGGUGCCGUGGCGGGCAUGCCCUGGGUGCGUGCCACGCCGGGCGAGGAAAUCCUCGUUGCGGCCGAGGCUGCCGCUGGUGAUAAGGCGGGUUCACUGUCCCAAACAAUCGACAGCGGCGCAGACGUCGCGGCCGCCGUGCGGACUGCGGCGGAGCUAGCGGGGGAGGCGGGCCCGCUCGUCGUGGCAGGGAGUCUGUAUCUGGUUGGGGAGGUGGUGGGGCUGUUAAGGAAGGGAGAAGAAGGGGGCUAG